UUCUGUGUGGGGCUGGAUAAGGGGGGGUAAGAGGGUUCUGUGGGGGUGGAUGGGGGGGGGGGUAAGAGGGUUCUGUGGGGGGUGGAUAAGGGGGGGUAAGAGGGUUCUGUGGGGGGUGGAUGGGGGGGUAAGAGGGAUCUGUGGGGGGUGGAUAAGAGGGUUCUGUGGGGGGCUGUCUGGGUACAGGCAGCUCAGUGGGGGAUCUGGAUGCACAGGGAGGUGCCAGGUACAGGGGCAAUGGAAGUCUGCAGGGGGGGAGCAAGUGAAAGUGGUUGGAGCUCGGGUGCGGGGGUGCAGGGGAGGUGGGGGGUUCACUUGGGUGGGGUCCAGGUGUAGGUCGUUGGAGCUCAGCGGGGGGGUGCAGGGGAGGUGGGGGUCGUUUGGGUGGGGUCCAGGUGUAGGUCGUUGGAGCUCAGCGGGGGGGUGCAGGGGAGGUGGGGGUCGUUUGGGUGGGGUCCAGGUGCAGGUGGUUGGGGCUCAGUGGGGGGGGUGUCUGAGGCACUCAUCGGGAUGGUACAGAUGCAGGGGAGAUGAGGCUUGUCAGGGUGAGGGUUUGAUGGGCCUGCUGGGCCCCCACAUCCCCCCUGCCCCCACUUCCCCAUCCCAUGCCCCUUCUCCACCGCUCCAUCUCCUCCCCACCCCACCCCCUUCCUUCCUCACUGCCUCUUCCUCCCGCCCCUGCUUCGCCCGUCCGAUGCCCCUUCCCCACUGCCCCAUCUCCUCCCCACUGCCUCUUCCCCCAUCCCCCCUUCCCCUACACCCUUCUCUUUCCCAUCCCAUGCCUCAUCCAUCCCCACUGCUCCAUCUCUCCAUCCCACCCCUUCCUUCCCCACUGCCUCUUCCCCCCACCCUCACUUCCCCCAGCCGUCCUACCUCCACAUUCCCAUCCCCUUCUCUUCUCCAUCCCACCCCCUCCCCACCCCGCCCCACCCCAGCGCGGGCACUGACUGUUGCACAAAAUGAAGGCUGGCCCCCGGGACGCGGAAAGAGCAGGACUAGGACCCAGAGGGGGUGUCCAGCUGCAAAGUCCAGGUUGCUGAGCAGCAGCUUCUCUUUUCAGCCGGGCUGCGCAGCCCUGCGGUCACAGAAGUGGGGGGAGGAGGGGGGCAGUGGCAUGUGA